GGUGAAUUGUCAAUUUUCCCAAAAGAAGUUGUACUCCUUUCUCCUUGUUUACAUAUGUUACCAAAAGAAUAUUAUGGAUUCAAAGAUCAAGAAACUCGUUACCGUCAACGUUACCUUGAUUUGAUUAUUAAUAAUUUCGUUAGAGAAAAAUUUAACGUCAGAUCUAAAAUUAUUAAAUAUGUUAGACAAUUUUUAGAUGAUCUUGGAUUUCUUGAAGUUGAAACGCCCAUGAUGAAUAUGAUUGCUGGUGGUGCAACCGCUAAACCAUUUAUAACUCAUCAUAAUGAUCUUAAACUUGACCUAUUUAUGAGAGUGGCUCCAGAAUUGUAUCUUAAAAUGCUUGUCGUUGGUGAUUUAGAUCGUGUUUAUGAAAUUGGUCGUCAAUUUCGUAAUGAAUCCAUUGAUCUUACUCACAACCCGGAAUUUACCACUUGUGAAUUUUAUAUGGCGUAUGCUGAUAUGUACGAUUUGAUGGAAAUGACUGAAAACAUGUUAUCUGGCAUGGUCAAAUCUAUUACUGGUGAUUAUAAAAUCACAUAUCACCCUCAAGGACCUGAUGGAAUAGAAAUGAAAAUAGAUUUUACCCCACCUUUUAAGAGAGUUAGCAUGAUCGAAACAUUAGAAAAAAAGUUGGAUGUUAAAUUCCCUCCGGCUUCAGAGUUGCAUACAAACGAAACUAAUAAAUUUUUGCAAGAACUUUGUGAAAAGCAUGAAGUGGAAUGCUCGCCACCAAGGACAAAUGCACGUUUAUUAGAUAAACUUGUUGGUGAGUUUAUUGAGGUGGAUUGCGUAUCUCCGACAUUUAUCACAGGUCAUCCACAAAUGAUGUCUCCUCUUGCUAAAAACCAUCGAGACAUCCCAGGCCUUUGUGAACGAUUUGAAUUAUUU